GACUGCUGCUGCUGCUCCUCCUGACUUAGCUGCAGUGACCGGCUGAUUCCGUAUGGGCUCGUAUAUCGCACGAGUAACUCAACAUCAACGUCUACAAGCUACAUAACUUGCUUAGCAAAUCUAACCUCAACGAAGCAUGGAGAAAUAAUGAUAAAAUAAUAAAACGGUGACGAGCUGUAGAGAAAAAAAGCAAAGCCAAAAGUUCUAAGGGCUCACGAGGUUUUCCAUGUCAACGACACGCGUUAUUCUUCCAAGGCCAACGUGCUACGCCCUGCGUGAAAACAAUUAUUUUUUUAAGUACACAUAUUCGUUUUAUCAACAGAAGUGUAAACAAUCUCAUCGUUUUAUUCCGGCCAGUUUUAUAAGUGCUGAUAAUUUAUCGAAACAAUUAUUUUGUCAAACUGUCAAAAGUAAGAGAGGUAGAGGUUACGGCUACAAUCAACAACUGGAUAUUUUGGAAGGUAAUAGCAAGCUGAAGAUUUGCCUCUAGGAGAAAAAGUUGUCAUUGAAUCUACAAGUGUGAGUCCCAGUCCAAGGCACACUUUGGACUGAGAUGAGCGACCAUGGCUGCAUACACUUGAAUAAUUUUAAAGCUGCUAAAGGAAUACAACCUUACAAAGUUAUACACUCGUAUUUUGUAACCAGUACCUCAGCAGAGGCGCGUAUCAGAAAGGCUGUGAGCUGUUUGUGUCACACUUGUAAAUCAUACAAGGAUCGCCUACACUCUUGUUUACAUUGUAUAUUUUUUGGUUGUUAUGCCAAAGGACACAUACAGGAACAUGCCAAAACGAAAAAACAUUUUUUAGCUGUUGAUUUGUGUUACGGAAAUAUAUUGUGCUUCCAAUGCGGCGAUUACGUAUAUGAUCGUGAACUGCUGACUGUCGCUAAAGCACAAUGGAGCGAGUCAGCAAAAUCAUUGUCUUUAGGAGAAUUUUAUCGCGCUUGGGAACCAACGCAAGUAGAGGCCGAUUUAUUAAGAAAACAUCCAAGACGCCGACGGGUUGUAGAAAAUUCAACAAUUGGCUUGAGAGGUUUGAUAAAUUUAGGAAGUACAUGUUUCAUGAACUGCAUAGUCCAAGCACUGACUCAUACUCCAUUGCUACGAGAUUAUUUUCUCGCGGACCGUCAUCACUGCCCGCAGCCCAGUCGCUGUCUAGUUUGUGAAGUAUCACACUUGUUUCAGGAAUUUUACUCCGGUAGCAAGGCGCCUUUGACGCUCCACAAGCUCUUACAUUUGAUAUGGACCCACGCGAGGCAUCUAGCGGGUUACGAACAACAAGACGCUCAUGAAUUUUUUAUAGCGACUCUAGAUGUCUUGCAUCGACACUGCGAAGCUGCUCCAAUUCUUGUAAAAGACAACCCUCAUCACUGUAACUGUAUUAUCGAUCAAAUAUUUACCGGUGGAUUGCAAAGCGACGUUGUUUGUCAGUCUUGCAAUGGAGUCUCUACGACCAUCGAUCCGUUCUGGGAUAUAUCUCUAGACUUAGGUCCAACAGCCGGUGCUUCUGGUGCAGACUCAAAUGGCCCACCCACAUCCCUACUCGACUGCUUGGAGCGUUUUACCCGUGCAGAACAUUUGGGCUCUAGUGCCAAAAUAAAAUGUAGCAAGUGUCAGACCUAUCAGGAGAGUACUAAGCAACUAACUAUGAAGCAGCUGCCAAUCGUAGCGAGUUUUCACCUCAAGCGUUUCGAACACUCCAGUAUUCAAGACAAAAAAAUUUCAACCUUCAUUUCAUUUCCUGAACAACUGGAUAUGACACCUUUCAUGUCUCACCGGCGUAAUGGCAACAACAACAGUGCAGCUAUCGAAAGGCUACAGAAAAAUGGCGAGGACACUGCAUUCAGUGAUAAUAGAUAUUCCUUGUUUGCUGUUAUUAAUCAUGAAGGAUCUUUAGAAACCGGUCAUUACACAGCUUUCAUUAGACAGCAACGUGAUCAGUGGUUCAAGUGUGAUGAUCAUUUAAUCACUAGAGCCAGGCUUAAAGAUGUUUUAACCAGUGAAGGGUACUUAUUGUUUUAUCACAAACAAAUUCUUGAGUACAGUCGUAGAAGUAAAGUAUGAAGAAUUGAUCACUGUAUAAUUAAUUAAUUUAUUUUGUCUAUACUACCGAUGAUAAUAAUGAUUUUUUGUUUAUUUUGUUGUAAUUUUGGAUAGUUGAGUUAAUUGAUCGCGAUGAUAGCUUAUUCGCUGUACUGAUUUACUGCCGAUUAUUAAGGUGAAUUAAUUUUUUUAACGCUUACAACUUAUGAAGAGUGUUUGUAAUAAUCAUGUAAAUUUAACAAAAAAAACCUCGAAGGAAAAAUAACGCGAAUACAAUAAUGAAUAUAAAUAUUUAAAAUAAAAGUCACGUUAUAUUUAUACAAAUAUAUAUAUAGAUAACUAUAUUUUUAAUUACCGGAUAAUUGAUGAUUUUUUUGAUGUUCAAAUGAUAAAGUAACACGUAAACUACUAUACUGUAAUCAAUGAGUUAUUUGCGCGCUAUGGUAAUUGAUUGAGAAUAAAUAGGUUUAAGAUUAGCUCAAUUUUUAAAGACGAUCCUAUCUUUUAUAAAUCACCGACUGUUGAUCUAUAAUUGUCAAGAACUAAAUAAUAAAUAAAUAAAUAUAAAUUUUCUCUCCCUUUGCCAUUAUAAAUCACACUUUGAUCUACCGGGGAUAGGUUUUGCACAUUUACGUAAUUUAGCAAUAAUCAUUUAUUUUUUUUCAAUUAAAGACUGCAGGAACAAUAAUUAAUAAAAAAAAGUGUGAAUUAAUAAAUUUGUGUAUCAUAGAUUAAUUAAUUUUUUUUAAUUUUAUCUGUUGGGUGAGCUGUUUCGGCUAUCCUUGGUCAGAUCAUUUUUUGUACAAACUGAAUAAAACAAUACGGAUAAAAUGAGGAAAUUUGUUUUUUAUCCUUGCGAUGUACUUCGCUUGACUGUGUACAAUAAAUGAAUGUU